UGGUGUGACUCUGAGUCAGGGCUGCAGGCGUCUGGGGGAAACAACUACACCAAAAGCCACGGCUUCGUCUGCCAUGAGAGUCGAACAGACAGAAAAUGAGGAUAAAUCCACGGUUUCGAGCCAAAUGCUUAUCAACCAGCUGAGGGAGAUCACCGGCAUCCAAGACACACACAUCCUCUGCAGAGCUCUGAAUGCCAGCAAGGGUGACAUUGGACAUGCUGUUGGGCUGCUGACAACACAGCCCCCGGAGGUUCAGGACCCUGGGGAGCCACAGGACUCAGAGGCCAACGGAGAGGCCUGGGAAUCCCAGAAAGGUCUUCCCAAAGAUGCACUGCAGGCUGCCAUAGAGCUCAGCCUGCAGGACUCCCACAAUGCCCAGGAGGAGGAGAGAGAGUUUCACAGAGCCCUUGAGGCCAGUGCCGAGGAGAACACAGCAAGAGUGAAAAGGAAGAGAUGCGAAGCCCAGAGCGAGAUGUGCAGCCCCGCAGACUGGAUCCGCCAGGACGAGUGGCCUGUGGGCAUCCGCAACGUAGGCAACACCUGCUGGUUCAGCGCCGUCAUCCAGUCACUGUUCCACUUGCCUGUUUUCCGGAGACUGGUCCUCAGCUACUGUCUCUCUGAGCGAGUGCUGGAGAAGUGCAAGAGCCACUCAGAGAAGAGGAAUGUAGCUUUUAUGCAGGAGCUGCGGUGUCUCUUCGCCCUCAUGGUGGGCUCCACCCGCAAGUUUGUGGAUCCUUCUGCUGCGGUGGAGCUGCUCCGAGACGCCUUCAGGACUAACGAGGCCCAACAGGAUGUCAGUGAAUUCACCCACAAACUUCUCGACUGGCUAGAGGAUGCCUUUCAGCUGGCUGCGAAUGGAAAUAAUGCAGAAGACAAACAGAAAAACCCCAUGGUCCAGCUUUUCUAUGGUACCUUUGUGACAGAGAGAAGAAGUGAGGGCAAGACCUUGUCCAACAUUGAGCAGUUUGGACAGUACCCUCUGCAAGUCAACGGUUACAACAACCUGGAUGAAUGCCUGGAAGGUGCCAUGGUGGAGAAGGAAAUCGAGUCCCUGCAUUCAGAUCAAACCAUUACAUCUGGCCGCGAGAGAUGGUUCUCAAAGUUGCCACCGGUGUUGACUUUUGAAUUGUCGAGAUUUGAGUUCAACACCCAGCUCGGACGUCCUGAGAAAAUACACAAGAAACUGGAGUUCCCGCAAAUCAUUUAUAUGGACCGAUACCUUCACAAAAAUAUAGAGCAGACCAAUGAGAGGAGAGGAGAGGUGAAAAGACUGAAGGAGCAACUGGCACUCCUUCAACAGAAACUGGAGUGCUACAAAAAUUACGGAUCUGGACCCAACAAGUAUCCUCUGGCUGACAUGCUGCAGUUUGUGUUAGAGUUUGCCACCACCAAGCCCGUGACUGUUUCUCCAGCUGAGGACCUGAGACCAUCUGCAACCUCAAUGACUCCUACCAGCCACCCCGCCACUGAACCUGUCUCUGACAACAGCGAGGCCAUGCCUGCAGAUGCAGGUGCGUCAGAAGGCCAGGUGCCUAGUCAGCAGAGGACGCCCAUCUACAAGCCCUUUACCCAGUGCAGGCCUCCCAUGGACUGCCCUCCACAGCCAGCGCCCCACAGCAUCACAGAGGAAGAGCUGCACUUUGUCAAGACCUGCCUGCAGCGCUGGAGGACCGAGGUGGAGAACAACAUAAACGAACUAAAGGCCAGCAUCGACAGAGUCAGCCAGGUGCUAGAGGGCAUGUACACGGAUAACAGCCUCUGUCAGGUGCCCUACAGGCUCCAUGCGGUGUUGGUCCACGAAGGCCAGGCGUCGGCGGGACAUUACUGGGCCUACAUCUACGACCACAGCAACCAGCGCUGGAUGAAGUACAACGACAUCACCAUCACCGAGUCCUCGUGGGAGGAGCUUGAGCGGGACUCGUUUGGCGGCAUGACCAACGCCAGCGCCUACUGCCUCAUGUACAUCGACGACAGGCUGCCCCACCUCAUCGCAGAAGACACAGAUGACGAGACAGGCCAGGUACUGCAUGGCAUGGACACCCUGCCGCCCAUCCUCAGGCGCUACGUCCACGAGGAUAACCGCUGGUUUCAGCAGGAGCUCAGUGAGUGGGAGGAGCAGUUUUGCCAGACAGCGCCACCAGAAGGUGAGCCCGUCCCAGCUGAAGCUACAGGCACCCCAGAAACCCCAGAUACCAAUCCUUCCAGUGACCAGCAAACACCAGUUGAGCCAGCCCCCCAGUCAGGACCCUCCACAGAGGAGCCAGAGCAGGGAGCUGCUGCGGAGCCCCAGCCAGAGCCGGAACCAGAACCAGAACCAGAGCCAGAAGGAGAACCAGACCCGGGGGAGGAGCCGCUGCUGGAGCCUGGAGAGAAGCCAGAAGAGGAGUUAGCGCAAACCCCGGAGCCGCCGUCGACCCUUGUCUUCCAGCCAGAUGACAGCAGCACCGUCGUCACUGACACCUCGGGGUCCAGCCAAGAAACCACUUCAUCCGAGGAGAGGCCGCGUGGUCAGUCUCCCAACCUGGAAGCAGGGCUUAGUGACCAGGCGCCUUUGGACCUCCAUGUGGAGAACAGUGACCCAGAGGUGGUCGUCCUUGGGACCGGAGCUGAGGCCAGCCCAAGGGCAAGCAGGGAGCCUCCUGAGCUUGAACAAGACCAGGAGGACGAGGAGCAGGAGCAGGAGGCGGCCCCAGUUAGACAGCGACAGGUCGAGAAUGAGGUUUCAGAAGUAGAGAUCCCGAAUGUGGGCAGGAUCAUGGUGAGGGCCGACGCUGAUGGCUACAACGAAGAGAUGAUGCUGACUCCAGCUAUGCAGGGCAUCAUCAUGGCCAUAGCCAAGGCCAGACAAACCUUCGACAAGGAUGGCGCUGAGGCCGGCCUCAUCAAGGCUUUCCACGAAGAAUACUCUCGCCUCCACGAGCUCUCGCUGGAGGAAGUCACACCCCAGGAGGACGUCCGCCUACAGCAUGUCCUCGUUUACUUCUUCCAGAACAAGGCGCCGAACCGCAUCAUCGAGAGGACGUUGCUGGAGCAGUUUACUGACCGUAACCUCAGCUUCGAUGAGAGGGCCAUCAGCAUCAUGAGGGAGGCCCGAGCCAAGCUGCGCCUCAUCAAGCCGGAGGACAUGGACAUGGAAGAAUACAUGACGUGGCACGAGGAUUACAGGCUGUUCAGGACGGUGUUUGUCUACCUGCUGACCGGGCUGGAGCAGUACCAGCACGGGAAGGUCCGGGAGGCAUUGAACUACCUGGCUCACGCGUACCAGACCAACGCCAACCUGCUGACAAACGGAGAGAAGAGAGGAGUGGAGCAGUCUCUUAUUGCACUUUACAGGAGGAAAUGCCUCAUGGCGCUGAACGAGAGCGCAUCGCGGCUCUUCUGCAGCGGUGAGGAAAGUGAGGUGGAGGAGGCCAUGGCCAUCAUGAACGAGGCGGUCAUCCCCUGCCUCCACCUCAUGAGCCGCGACUCGGCUUUAGCCCAGGACGACCGGGAAAUCAUGGAAAACAUCCGCAGUCACUGGUGCUCCUGUUUGGGUCAAGAUAUGGAUGACUCGCUGCAGGUGAAGCUGGGCGAGUUCCUGCCCCGGGUCCUCGACUGUUCGGCUGAGAUGGUGGUGCUUAAAGACCCUCCCAAGGUCCACGUCAGCUUCCCCCACGACCUGUGCAGCCGCCUGGCCGCUGUCAUGGAGUCCAUCCACAACACCUCCAUCGUCAUUGACUCUGGGAGAUUCUACGUGUAGGUAAAACUCAGAAACAUAUCUACAAGGUGUAUUAACUAGGAUGCAUAAAAACAGUCGUGGGAGGGUGUUGUGUAAGCCAUGCACCAUGCAAAUCAUUGUGAUGAAUGGAACAGCACAGUGAGAUUUCAGUGUUUAUACGGUGUCACAGACGCUGCACGGUAUGAGUGAAUGAACGGAUCAGGUUUUGCAGACCAGCCCCAUGAAGGUUUAGCCAUGGAUAUUUCUGGCUGCUAAAUAAAGCCUGUGUUUCACUGUUUCUAUAUGUAUGUGCCACUCAUUUCACACUGCUUUUUCACUUGUAGACUGUAAUGAUGCUCAAUAAACUUUUUAACUUGCUU